AAAACAGAAGCCCUAAAAGUGAAAACAUAAGGCGCAGCUAGGGUUUUGACAUUGUGGUUAUAAGUUUGAUCCUCUUCCAUUUGCAGCCUCUCUCCACUCUGCUUGGCAUCCAACAUGGCCGUCGGUAAGAACAAGAGGAUUUCGAAGGGAAAGAAGGGAGGCAAGAAGAAGGCACAGGAUCCUUUUGCAAAGAAGGAUUGGUACGACAUCAAAGCACCUUCAUUAUUUCAAGUCAAAAAUGUUGGAAAAACUCUUGUUACUCGUACUCAGGGUACCAAGAUUGCUUCUGAGGGCCUCAAACAUCGUGUGUUCGAGAUCUCCCUAGCUGACCUCCAGGGUGACGAGGAUCAUGCUUACAGAAAGAUCAGGCUGAGAGCUGAAGAUGUUCAAGGCAAGAAUGUCUUGACCAAUUUCUGGGGUAUGGAUUUUACCACAGACAAGUUGAGAUCGUUGGUUAGGAAAUGGCAAACUUUGAUUGAAGCUCAUGUAGAUGUGAAAACAACCGAUAACUACACAUUGAGGAUGUUCUGUAUUGGGUUUACCAAGAGACGACCUAACCAGAUUAAGAGAACAUGUUACGCACAAUCCAGCCAAAUUAAGCAGAUCCGUAGGAAGAUGAGGGAGAUUAUGACAUCACAGGCAUCAUCUUGUGAUCUCAAGGAUUUGGUCCGCAAAUUUCUUCCAGAGACCAUCGGAAAAGAGAUUGAGAAAGCUACAUCCAGUAUCUACCCUCUACAGAAUGUCUACAUCCGUAAAGUCAAAAUUUUGAAGGCUCCUAAGUUUGAUCUCGGAAAGCUGAUGGAGGUUCACGGUGAUUAUUCAGAGGAUGUUGGUGUGAAGUUGGAAAGGCCAGCUGAUGAACCAAUGGCUGAGGCCCCUGCUGAAGUUGCUGCUGCUUGAAAGGGCUUUUGUUUUUAGAGCUUAUGAGUUAAAUGUUGAUUGCUUAUUUUGCACUGUAGUUACCAGUACUAAGUUGCUGCACAUUCAAAUUGAAUUAAGAUUUUGAUUGGUUCUUCCUUUAUUUUAUUUAAUGUAGUGUUUAAUACUCUUCCUGAAGUUUUGAAUCUUUAAUACUACCUUUUGGAUUA